GCUGCAGCUCGCCUUUCGGCUCUCUUUGCCGAAGCUUUCUCAUCCUCCCCUGCUUCUCUGAGAGCAGCAGCGUCUGCGGCUCUCGGUCUUCUGGCAGGAAAGAUGCCUUCGCCUUGAGGCGCUGCCGGUCUCCCCCGUCCUGUUCCCUUUCCUUCGGCCUCAGCAACUCGCCGAAGAGGAAGGAAACACGGUUAAAACCCGCUGGCGGGGCCGGGGAGCGCUGAUGCUGUUCCCCAGCCCCCCGGAGGACGCCUGAGCGCCGCGUUGCCAUAGCGACGGCUCCCGCUGCUCCCUAGAUAAGGCGGGCGGGAGCAUCAGCUGCAGCCCCAGCCCAGAACGGUCCCGCUCCAGCGAGCCCCGGCGCCGGAUCGCGCCCUCCCCACCGCCUCGCACCGCUUCUAGCUUCAAAGGAGGAGAAAAGCCCGUUUCAAUGAUGUCAACAGAAUGUGUUCAGCCACUUGAUAUCCCAGAAGACAGACUGGACAAGCGAGAUCCACACUGUAACCAUUUAGAGGAUCUUUCAGAGCAGCUGAUUAAGAGCUGUGACCUCAAGAAGAAACCAAGAAAAGGUAAAACCAUCCAGGCUUCCCAAAACACUGAACAGGAGCAAAAAAAGCCAAGGAGAAAAGAUACACCGGCUUUACACACACCACCACCCCUAACAGGCAUACUUUCAGACUUUUCUGAUAAUCUGCUGAAAAGAUAUGGUAUCACAGAGAAGCCACAGAGAGAGAGAGUGAGUCCAGGUUCUCAGAUCACCGAACUGGAGCAGAAAAAGCCCAGGAGAAAAGAUACGCCUGCAAUACACAUCCCACCCUUGAUAAUAGGCACUAAGCUGCUUACAGAAGAAAAGCAAACAGUGAUUAUGGAAGAUGAAGAAAAGGAUGGAGACACAAUCCACAGUUAGGAUUACAGUGAUAUUUCCAAUAAUGCAGUGUAAAUAAUUCUGGGUCAUUCAAAGUGGCAGCACAUAGAAAAACCAGUCCUUUCAUUUUUAUAAAUAAUAGUUUUCUCAAGCAUACACUUGAAUUUAAAUUCUCUUCAAGUGCUUAUCUGCAUCUCAUGAAAUCCCAGCAAGCAUCAUAGGAAAUGAUGACAGAAAUUUCACUUACACAUGGGAUUGGAAGAAUUCUCUUGGUUUACUAAAAGCAGCUUCCCAGGAUGCCACCAAUCCACUGUACCUGGCACCAGAUACCGGAGAGGUUGGUAGCACAGGGCAGUAAAACAUCAACUAAUGAUUCAAACUGCAUUUUUCUCCUGAGCUUUUCUCAGCUGGAAUAACAUUGGCCGCAGUGCAAAUUCCCACAUGCAGAGCUUAUGGAAUAGACAGAGGAAACAACUCUAGAGUCCCUGAAAUGCAAAGCGGACGCUUCCUCUGCCUGUAUCUGCUCAUGACUUGUAUUUGUGAGGAGAAAAAUAGAGAUUUACGGUAGUACAAAACUUACAGCUAAGGACCGUCAACACUGGCACAUCAAAUAGGAUGAAGGGCAGAGCUCUCAGAAGAGAAACACAGAAAGUGCAGCGCCAGCCUGUUACACUGGGGUAGAAUAUGGAUUUUUUUUUUUUUCCUUCAAAGGUUUUAUUCCUGGGUUGGUGAAAGAUAAACUAGUUGGAUAGUUGAUCCUUUUACUCCAUAUUUUUUCUUUUGUCAUCUGCUUUUUAAACUGAGUCCGAGGCUGUCAGUUAGGAGGGGCUGUAAAGAUUAAAAAUCACAGUGGUAGAGAAAAAAUGGAGUAAAAGGAAUAGUGUUACUCAAUGACAUAUGCAUACUGCGAGGUGGGACAGCAUCACGCCUUUUUUUUAAUAGUUUACCUCAUUGAUUCAAUCAAGAAUUGUUUUCACAGCCAGCUACAGCCUUCAGCAUUUACACAGUGACGGGUACUUGUAGAAUAUUAUACAAAAUAGGUAGAACUGGGUAGUUUUGUGCUUACGUUAAUAGCUCUGUGCGCUAGAUGCACCAGCACUGCUGGCUCGACCCAUAGGGACCUCAGUAGAGAGGUUAAAGAUUAUCUAGCCUGGCAGACUGGAUUUAGUUAUCUUUUUAACACCCUUAGGCAGCCAGCUAAGGAGCAUGCUAGUUUGGACUUCAUUUGCCACAGUGACUGACCCAGCACCUUUCAUGAGAACACAGUCCAUUCGUAGAUAGUCAGCUUCAAGAUGUAAUCAACAAGCUUAUAAUAAAUAAUGGUGUAUUAAAGUGUACAAGAGGCCAGUUAUAUUAUUAAUGGGAUGCCUGAUACCUAGGAGGUGUACUUUUCUUUAUCUGGUUACAUCGGUGAGACAAGAUAAUAUUUAAAAUAUAAUCAAUCAGUAAUUCAUAUAACAACAUUUGUGUAAGGUAUACAGUAAAGUAUUUCACAGCAAAUACGUGACAAGAAAUACAUGCAAUUUGAGUCUAGCUUUACCAGUGAAGUUGGUGAAUAUUUUCAGUGCACAAUACAGCAAGACUGAGAGUGUGGAGUCCUGAAAAGAUUCAAAUGAACAUCAGCAAUGGGUUAGCUGUGAAAGUGUACAUGUUUAGACAUGAAGGCCCUUUUAACAACACAAGGCAGGAGCACAAAUAGGAUGUGACUGACUUCACUUCUCUGAAGAGGAUUUGUUUCCAAACCUGGGGAAUGCUGACACAGCUUAAUAUGAAAAAAAAGAAGGAAAAAGAAAAAGAAAAGCACCCUUUAAGCCUAACACUGCAUGUUCUUCGCCAAAGAGGAGUUAUGGUUCCAGUGACAUCUCUGACGGCACAGCAGACUAAUUUACCAUCCCUGUAUAGAACAACUUGAAGCCCAGCCAUAAAAAUGCCGUAACAUACAUCAUUUGCUGCAGUUCAUUUAAAAUUGCAUAUUCAUAGCUUGGUAAUUCAGCAUUUAUUGUUUUUCCACCCAGGAGCAACAUGAGCAACUAAAUUUUUUUCAUUUGAUCAAUUAAGUAAAUAAGAGUUUUUGCAAUGUUCCUGGGAAGCAGUGCAAUGAAUCAUUUCUCAAAGCUUACACCUGCCUUGCUGCAACCCGUGCAAGUGUUUAAUGUUACUUUAUUUGGGCAUAAGAUAUGAUUUUUUUUUUCAAAUCAGAUAAACACUGCCCAUCCCCCAAAACAAAGCCUUUAGGUGUUGCAGAAUUGUGUGUGGACUGUCCAAUGGCAUGGAUGUGGUUUAUUUGGUUUAUUUAUUGCUGUUCAGGCUCUGAAUUCUCCCUUUAAGACCAGAUAGUGCUAAAACUGCACAAACUGGUCUCCUGGGCAAAUGGCUGGAGUUGGUGUGUUCUGGGGCAGAAACGCUUUUGUACCCCAUGUCCCCGAAGGUGCCCCAUGGCCAUUACAGCAAAAACUAAAGGAAAUGGAAAGCAUGGAAUCAGGCUAAGCUUUUCCGUAGCACCGUUAGGACUGAGAUGCUCCAGACUGAAGUCCGCGCACAGGCAUUGCCUGCUUUAGGGCCUUAGCAGCUGGCUUGUGUUCAGAUAUUUAGCUGGAACUGCAUCUCACCCCAGAACUCUGCACUGGGCAGGACAACCGGUCCGAGGCCUCAGGGGAAAUGAAGUGCUUUGGUCAGUGAAUAAAAAACUGACUGCAGUCGGGAGGUUGUUAAUGGCUAAUAAUUUUGGAGUGAAUUCUCAAUUAACCUCUAUCUAGAAACUACACAUGACCUUGCAGUGUUCUUGUAUUUCUCUGAAUUCCUCUGUAUUCCUCUGCCCAGCAAUUGCAUCUACAAGUGAAAAUUGAAAAUGCACGUCUCUGAAGCACAUCAGAAAUUUUGGCUUCUCACUUAUAUUUAGAUAAGUUCAUAAACGCAUAUUAUUCUGUUCCUUACAUCCCCAAAAAAGCCAUGGGCCUCUCAGAGUGAGGUGGUGCAAACAGAAAUACCAGUAUUCUGGAAGUGUAGUUCUACAAAUAGAAAGAGCGAACAUUAAAAGCCAGUUUCUACUCUGUAAUACCAGCUCCUGGUCCUGUGGAAGGAACCCAUGUCAGUCUGUCAGACCCAGGAGCUCUGAAGGGAAGUUUAAUCCAUCCUUAUACCCAACAUCCUGAAGAAUCCUGAAAAGACAUGGACUGGACAGAUGGACAAGCAGCAGCAAAAUUAGAAAGCACAUGCCAGAAAUAAAAGAACUGCUUUUGAUGAACCAUUUGUGCUUAUUCUCACAGGUGUGAUGAGCCUAUAAAAUGCAAGCUGUGUAUUUAUAACCAUGAGACACUUUGCCAUAAGCUUUAGAUUUUUCCAAGCUGUCAAGUCUUUUCCAACUUUCAAAGUAGGUUUUAGGCCCCAGGUGGUCUUAGGGUCUGAGACAAAGUUAUAUCUAUCCCAGGUUUGUUUUUCUGUAUUCUGUUUAGCCUGGAGAAGAGAGGGCUUAAAGGGAUCUUAUAAAUGUAUAUAAAUGUCUGACAGGAGGGAGUAAAGAAGAGGGAGCCAAGCUCUUCCCAGUGGUACCCACUGACAGGACAAGAGGCAGUGGGCACAAAGUGAAAUACAUGAAAAGCCACUUACAAGUAAGAAAACCUGUUUUUACUACUGAGCACUGGCACAGAUAGCCCAGAGAGGUUGUGGAGUCUCCAUCCUUGGAGAUUUUCAAAACCAAACGGCACAGCCCUGAGUAACCUGCUCCAGUGGACCCUAUUUGGACUGGCCGGCUUCAGAGGUGCCAUCCAGCCUCAGUGAUUCUGUGACUAUAGCCCAGGAUCCAUACCAAGGGAGCUGCUCGGUGACGCUUAGUAGGUCUGUGAGAGAUCAGGAGAAAAGUUUGGGGUAAAGGGAGGAUUACCUGCAAAAGGAUAGUGAGAAAUCGACCAGAAGGACUCAUGCCGGCCAGAUACCUGAGCAACAGAAGUGAACAAUAGGUCUCAACAAGGAGAAAGGAGGUGGGGACAUGGCCAGUCCAGAACAAAAUUUGCUUUAUGAACCCAACUGUCUACCUCAUGACCUAAAGAAUUGAAAAGGCCCAUUUAAGCUGCUGAGCCACAACUACUCCUCCCUCCUCCAUCUCUGCUCUGGCUGCUGCAAUUGCCCUUGAGGACGUUGGAGCCAAUCUUCCUUUCCAAUUCCUGUUUAUGUAGACAUAGAAAUACAUAGAAAUACAAAAAAUAUAUAAAUAUAUAUUAAUACUCAAGAGUCUCUCUAUGCCUCACUCACUGUGAAUUUUAACAUUCAGAUUUCUAAUUCAGUCUUUAAUCCUUUUCUAAAGAAAUAAACAAACAACUCCCUCUGAAAAAACAGAGCACCAAACUUCCUUGCCAUAGCAAAGUGAUCCAGUGAUUAGAGCAAAGACUUAGUUCACAAAUGGACUGAACAAAACAAAGGCUAAAUUUGCAAGUGUUGAUAGUUGCAAGGAGUAAUUUAUAACAAUUCUAAAUGGCAUCAUAAGUCUGAGAUCAUAAGACUUUCCAAGAGGGACAGAUUACUGAGCCUUAUUUCUAUGCUGGCAGCAAGUGGUUAGUUAUCUCAGAAAUCAACAAUGCAGAAAAAUGUUGAGUGCAUUGCAAAGCCAGACCUCCCCCAAAUAACACAGAUUUCAUUUUUGAACUUCACACUUGGAAAAUUUCCCUUUGGUGUACGCUAGAUGUCAGGGUUGGACUGAGAGGAUGAGCCCAUCCACUCCAUCACACAGCUCUGUGCAUGAGGCUGGAUGCCAUCAGCACAACUAGUGUUGAUUAGGAAUUAUUUUAGUGAUGCACCUGAUAUUUACAAGGAGUAGUCUGCACAAACAUCCUCUCUCCCCAGUUUUGCAGUAUUUCAUUUAGGCCAAAAGCCCUAGGCUUUGGAAGACGGAAAAGACAUCCUCAGAAAUCUUUCCAAUACCAAUGAGUAUCUGCCGACAUUCUUCACCUUCCCCAGCUCCAGGAAAAAUAAAAAAAAUCAAAGCCCUCUAAACCACUUGGGUGAACAGACACUCUCAAGAGGGGCCUCUAACAGACAGCAACUUGGCACAGCAUGGACUUAACUUGAGAAAAGUGCGAGCAAAGAGGAACCUGAUCAGAACUACGUUAAAUUUGUAGGAGCCAUGUACACUCCCCAUGACACCUCAGGUAGGUCAUUUCAUUUCCCUGUGCCUUGACUACACAGCAGUAAAUUCAAGAUGACAUCUUAUCUCUGCUUCAUGGCAAAGGAGAGAGUGUGGACCAGGAGAGCAAAGACAAAAAAUCACUCUGUGAGAUAUUAGUAACACAAAAACCAUAAC